AUGCCUCAAAUCAUGCUUCUUCGCGGCUAUCCUGCAAUGUCUUCACCAAAGACUAACUACUUUGUUUGCACUCUUGGCGAAGCAGCUCAACAAGAUGUGCAAAGGCCCUUCUCAGACGUCAACCACUUGAUCGAUUUGCAGGCAAGUCAAAACUCAGACUUACCCGCCAUUGGGUUUUAUCGAACAACAAAGGAGUCCUCGCAAUCAACACUCGAUCCUCAAAUCUUCACUUUCAAGGAGAUUCGUAAUGUUGUGUCAGCUACUGCAGCUCUGCUGUCGCAACAGCUUCAAGCGCCAGACACACAGACAGUGGGCAUACUAGCCGAUAGCUCUCCCGACUUCCUGUUUGCAUGGCUGGGCUGCCUCUGGCUAGGACACCCGGUUCUUUUGAUCGCGCCACAAUGUUCGUCUUCGGCAAUAGCACAUCUUUGUCAGGCAUGCAACGUAUCAAUUCUGCUCGUGGAUGAAAAACACGAAGAUUUAGCCAAGGCGGCAUGUGAGAUACCCACGGAGAAUAACCACUUGAGCCACACGUCCCUACCCUCAACACCUCUCGAUAUUGGAUCAGAAAAGAGGUCAAAUGAAAGUCAGCAGCCUGCACGAUCGAGUCAAAGGGAUGAUAUAGCGUACUUGCACCAUACGUCAGGCACAUCUUCUGGGCUGCCGAAGCCCAUACCUCAGACUCAAAAUGGAGCGGUAGGUGUGCUGCCCGCCCUUGACGGCAAGAAUCAGGCAACUUUCACAACCACACCACUCUACCAUGGUGGUCCCGCUGACAUAUUCCGAGCGUGGACGAGCAGUGCUAUGAUAUGGUUGUUCCCCAGUCAGUCCUUACCAAUAACUGCCAAAAAUGUCGUGCAAUGCCUCGAAGUUGCGGAAAGGUCAGCAGCUCAGGGCACCACGCCGUCCGUCAAGUACUUCACAUCUGUACCAUACAUACUACAAAUGAUGGCUGCAGAUCCUGAAGGCUUGAAGCACCUGCAAGGCAUGGACCUCGUAGGCGUUGGUGGCGCAGCGCUUCCUGCCGAUGUUGGCGAUCAACUUGUUCAGCAAAAUGUCAACCUGGUAUCACGCUUCGGAAGUGCAGAAGUUGGAUUUUUACUCUCAUCGCACCGAGAAUAUGAAAAAGAUAAGGAGUGGCAAUAUCUACGCCAAAGUCAGAAAGUCACACAGAUUGAUUUCGAAGCACGAGACGAAGGAUUACAUGAGCUCAUAGUCAAAGCAGACUGGCCACAUAUGGCAAAACGAAACCAUGAGGACGGUUCUUACUCAACCUCGGAUUUGUUUGCGAGGCAUUCAAGCAUAACGAAUGGAUGGAAAUAUCAUUCCAGAGCAGACUCGCAGCUGACCUUAAUCACAGGCAAGAAGUUUGAUCCUAGUCCGUUAGAGGAUGCUCUUGCUGCUAGCUCAACUCUACUGUCUAAUGUGCUCGUUUUUGGUAACGGUCAACCUUAUCCAGGUGCUCUUCUUUUCCGAUCGAAUGACGCUAAGGAUAAAAGCGACUCGGAUAUCAUCAAUGAGAUCGCGCCAAACGUCGAACGUUUGAACACUGAGAACCAGUCUCAUGCACGGAUACCACGCAGUAUGCUGAUACCGAUGCCGUACGAUGAAUCACCCCUUGAGAAAAGCAGUAAAGGCACGAUUCUCCGAAACAAGGCUGUCGAAAGAUAUGCGAGCAAUAUUGAACAAUCAUAUAACGCAGUCCAGGUGGAUGGUACUCAAGUAUCUGAUGAGAAAGUGCCGGAGACAAUACUUGGCUUGAUCGAAACGAUUGUGGGCAAGGAGAAAGGUGCAGAUUUGAGGCUCGAUGUCGAUCUCUUUUCGCACGGUGUAGAUUCUGUCGCCUGCGUUCAGAUACGGCAUGGACUUCGACCUUUAGUUCCAAAAGAAACACAAUUGCCUCUGACAGUUGUGGAGGACUCUGUGACAGUUGCAGGACUAUCUGAAACGAUCAUAAAAUUGCGCCACGGUCAAGCUGAGGACACAAAGAACGAUCAACGGCAUCGGAUUGUUGAUGUUGUCAAGGAGUUUACCAGACUAGAUGAUUCGAGACCUGUGGAAACAAUGACAGACGGAUUUACCACAGUCGUUGAGCCGCCAGGCAAGACGGUACUUCUGACGGGACCCACCGGUUCUCUAGGUUCGAAUGUACUACACCAGCUUUUACGACGAACAGACAUCAAUCGCCUGUAUCUCCUAGUCAGAGGCGCAACACCACAAGCAGCACGCGAACGUGUUGUCAAAGCGCUAACCUCCCGCAACUUGCCUCUUCCAGACGACUUUGACCAGAAAGUCACCAUACUCCAGUGCAAACUAUCAGAUCCCGACCUCGGAAUCCCUUUCUCGGACUACUCAACUCUCCAAAGCGACGUAGACAUUGUCCUCCAUCUCGCAUGGUCCGUCAACUUCCUCCUCUCCCUCCAAAGCUUCACACCUCAUUUCGCAGCUAUCCAGAAUCUGCUCAACCUCUGCCUAUCCUCGACUCAACGCAGACCACCACGCCUCGUCUUCUGCUCCAGCGUCGCCGCCGUAUCCAACGACCCAUCCUUCACCACACCCAACACAACAAACGUCCCCGAGAACCUAAUCGCAGACAUCGCAGCCUCCAGCCAGACAGGCUACGGCCUCUCAAAACUAACAGCAGAACUCUGUCUCGCCCGAGCCGCCACGUCCAUACCGUCCCUACGCAAUCGCAUCACCAUCCUCCGUGUGGGCCAGCUCUCCGGCGAUACAGAACACGGCAUAUGGAGUAAAUCGGAAGCAUAUCCGCAGAUCCUCGCGACCGCAAAGAUCACAGAUGGCACCUUACCAGAUCUCGGAUCGGAGGAAAAACUGACAUGGUUACCCGUCGACGUCGCUGCGAAAGCAUUUGUGGAAGCUAGUUUUGUGGAGUCCAGCAUGAUUGGAGGCGUGCCGACUGAGCAUGUCAAGCAUAAGCAGGGUGAGCAGCCGGAGAUGGUAGCUCAGCUUACCAAUGGAGCGAACGAGAAAGCAAAAGAUACAAUGACGAUAGAUAUUGAUGCCGUCAAGGUCUUACAUCUCGUCAACCCUGACGCGGAGCGAACAUUCACGGAUUUCGUGCGUAAGUUGCAGACACUAUUACAGAGCAACAACACCGAGAAAGAUACGAAGUCAAGUCAGAUCCGCCUCGUCCCAGCUCAAGAAUGGCUACAGAAACUUGACCAGCUACAACAAAACAGCGAAAAAUCCACCAAUGGAGCUCAAUCUCUGCUUCGUCUCCUCCCCUUCUGGAAACAGGCGUAUGCAGGUAGGAAGCCAUCAUCAGCUAGUGAUCCCUCACAAUCAAGCGCCAAGGAGAAAGAAGGUAAAGCAGGAUUGUUUUUCGAUGUGCACAACUCACUGCUCGCGAUGCCUACACUGACAUAUUGGCUUGGUCUCAGCACGGUUGAGGCCAGGAAGACGCAGGGCCAGGCGGAAGAAAGCUCGGGAGGUAGCGCUGCUGCAGCAGUGGUUCCUGAUGGUGAAGAAGAUAGAGGGUAUAGUGAGCUGUUGAAGGACGAUUAUGUGUUGAAGAUCUGGAAUUGGGUGCGGGAUAAUGUACCAUAG